AUGCAGGCCCAGGCAAAUGGCCUCGAUGCGCGCUUCAAUCUUGCGGCUUCCGCACCACAACAGCAGCCACAGCGGCAAGCGCAACCGCUGGAGGUAAAUCUCAAUGCCUGGCAGCCUUUUGCGGGCCACAACAAUUGGCUGAUACUACAGGCGACGGCAGCAACAUCGGUGCAGCGGAAACAGGAGCAGGCUCAACGACUUCCUGUCAAUUACUACGCCUACAAUCAUCGCUAUAGUGCUGGCGAUGCCGCAGGAAAUUACCAGCAGCUGCAAAGCAAUCCAGGUGAAAGUGAUCAGCGCAGCUAUUUACUAGCUAUGGGUCGGGCUGCGGGAGCUCUCAGGCUUGCAACGGAAGCUAAUAUGCGUGCCAAGCCGGAAACACGUGACAGCGACAACAUUGGGACUGCCACUCCAAAUGCAGAUAAAAAAGUCAUGAGCGGCGCAUCCUUGUUGGCGCCAUUCGAACAUGCACUGGGGCAGGUACGCAGCUUCUGCGACACGCUGCGUAGUCUCAUUAGCCUGGACAGCGUGCCCGAUGAGCAUUCACUGUCAUCAGAUAGCGAUGAAAAUACUUUGGCAGCCACAGCAACAGCAACAGAAAACAUAUCAGAGGAAGUUCAAGGUCGUUACAGUCGUCUGGCGCUGACUGCCGAGAGCCGCAAGCUGAAAAAGCUAAAAAAGAAAAUACAAAAACUGUUUUUCCCGCUGCUUAUUGCCUAUAAACUAAAAUUUCUAACACUCAUACCAGUGCUCAUUGGCGGCCUAACACUGCUGGUGGGCACCACCGGCCUGGCAGGCUUCUUCUUUGCGCUAUUUACGGCCGUAAUGAGCCUCAAGACAUCCACAGGUGGUGGGCAUGGCAGCAAAGCCAUUGUACUGAAAAAACUUUGA